GUCCAGGUGGAGCGGAGACCGGGCGAGACGGCUUCGGCGCCCCGCGGAGCUGAGGAGGUCUUCCCGGGCGGGGCUUGGCUUACCUCGAGCCCUGGCAGGCACCGUGGUGGGGUAGCGGUGGUCGCGGGACCGGGGAUGCUCGGAUGCUGGCUUCGCCCGGUGGUCCUGCUACCCCCUCCGCUUGGCGGAGCGUCAUCCACCCAGGAGCUGGGGAAGGUGGGCGUGGGUCGUGGGGCUUCGACUCUGGCCGGAACCGGGAAGCCCCUCCUGGUGAUGAACCCCUUGUGCUAUAUUUCCUUCUCCCUCCCUCGGUGCGAGAGAGUGAGGCGUCCCCCGGGUGCGCACUGGCCAUUUUUGAACGCCGGUUACCACUACCAACGGCCCCAGACGCUCUCUGUUUACACACGUUUACCACUCUGGGGCAUCCGUGUGAGGUUAAGGAAGUCAGCUAGUUCUGGUUGAUUGCCCCGAUGCUGCUACUAGGUGGUUCCCACCCUUUUUCUCUCCUGCCCUUCUCUUUGGGAUCCCAGUCCCCUCCCCCUUACCUCUAGUUCAGGCACAUGGCAGCCAGCUAGAGAUGGAUUUGGUGAGGAAGCCCUCGUCCCCUUUCCCGUGUUUUCAAGUUACAUUUGAAUCUUAGCAAACACCAGACAAUGUAGCUGUGCACCGGGAGUUCAUAGGCAGGUGAGAAGAAUCGUUAUCCUUUUCGUUAGGAAAGCAGCUCCCAUUUGCUGACGCUCUCCUCAUGUGCUGCAGUACUGCUGAUUGCCAUACGUGCGUUAGCUAUUUGGACUCUCAUAAAGUCGCUUUCAGAGGCCUUGAUGUCCCUGCCUUACAGGUAGGAAGCUGAGGUGCAAGGAUGGCAUCUGCCUUGCCAUGAAUGUACAGCUAGCAUGUGCCUGCUGCAAAGAUCUUACCCCUUGCUGCCUCCACAGGAAGCUUAAGUCUUUGUGGAAACUGAUGGGUAAGCAGCAAGUCUGGAAUCUGUGUUACUUUUGUUCCUUUUCAGUAACGUUUCUGGCAAUGGGUUAUGAAUGAGCAGAUAGGAGUCCCUGAGUCUACGGGGUUUGCCAAGAGGCUCAGUGGACAAGUGUCAGUUGUGCUGAGGUAUAAAUGGAGGAGACAGGCAUGUCCAAACCUGCUGCGGCUGGUAUUAGUGGAAGCGGACCAGUAAUGCCUGAUGCACCCACUGUGUGCUGACACUGUUGUGUGUCAUGGGGAUUCAGUGAACAAGACUGAGAAGGUACCUGUUCAUAUGGAGCUUCUGUUUUGGUGGAGGAAGACAGAAAAACACAAGGAAAUCAGCGAGAUAAUUUCAGAUAGUUAUGAUCGUGAGAAGAUGGAGGAAUACGAGGAGUUCUGUGAGAAAACUCUUGCCAGAAUUCAGGAAGCGUCACUGUCCACAGAGAGCUUUCUGCCUGCUCAGUCAGAAAGUAUCUCACUUAUUCGCUUCCAUGGAGUGGCUGUGCUUUCUCCAUUGCUUAACAUUGAGAAGAGAAAAGAAAUGCAGCAAGAAAAGCAGAAAGCACUUGAUAUAGAAACGAGAAAGCAGAUUAAUAGGAAGAAAGCUCUCCUGACUCGUGUCCAGGAGAUUCUUGAAAAUGUUCAGGUUAGAAAAGCACCUAGUGCCAGUGAUUUUGAUCAGUGGGAGACUGAAACAGUUUACUUUAAUCCACAAGUCAGAGACUUGAAUGUUCCUGCUAUGGUUCCAAACAGCUUGCCAAGCCCCACUGGGUACUCUCCUUCAGUAGAACUUGAAGAGAUACCUGGGAUUUUGCCUUUGGAUAAUGAGGACCAACAUAAACCAAAUGGGAUAGACCUGACUGUGGACUCAGAAGGUUCUGAUUCUCUGAAGCAGUGUGAUGGUCCGAAUACCAGUCAUGCAGAAAAUGAAGCUUCCCCAAAGCUCUCCUCAGCGAGCCCACCAGAGACUCUCAUUUCUGAUGGUUCCUUGUCAACAAAUGAAGAACAGGACUCACCACGGUUGGCUGAAGUCACCUCAGAUCCCUACAUAAUGAGCCUUCAGAACCUUAUGAAAAAGUCAAAGGAAUACAUAGAAAGAGAACAGUCUAGGCGCAGUUUGAAAAAUAGUGCAAGGAGUGUUGACGAAAGUCACUCAGACAAAGAAAAUGAUGCUGCUAAGGCCAGUGACUGUGAGGAGAAAGCCCUGGAGACAGGGAGACACUGUGGUUCAGUUAUUCCUGACAAACCAAGCCUUAAUAAGUCAAAUGUCCUCCUUCAAGGUGCUUCCUCUCAAGCAGGCAGCAUGAAUAUGUCAGUUUUAGCUCAUUCUCCUAAAGCAGACCCUCCUGUGCGAACUGGCCCUCCCGCGGUUCCAGAUGCUGAGUCAGAUUUUAAAGCUAGUCCCACUUUUGUUGCUGAAAAUAAAGUUAUCAAAAGUCUUACAGGUUCAUAUGCCAAAUUACCUAGUCCAGAACCCUGUAUGAGUCCUAAAAUGCAUCGAAGGCGUUCCAGGCCAUCAUCAGCAUGUCAUAUACUUAUAAAUAACCCAAUAAAUGCCUGUGAGUUAAGUCCAAAGGGAAAAGAACAGGCAGUGGAUCUAAUUGUUCCAGCCACUGAUGAAGCAACACAUGUACCUGAAACUGUGCCAGAGUCACCAACUGAUUUAACAGGUGUUUGUUUAAGCAAAGUUUAUGCUAGCAAAAACAUGUCUAAAGUCACAGAAGUUAUGGUUGUAGGUAAAUCAAGUCAGGUAUGUCAGUCUUUAGGAAAUCAAUUAGAAAAUAAAGUUCCUCUUGAGCAUGCUGCUGUGGAAAGCCACUUAACUAAUGAGAGGGGAGUCCAGAAAGUGAACUGCAUGGCAAUGUCCAAAUUGCAUGAGCCAUAUGCUACCAGUCAGUGUAUGGCAAGUCAGAACUUGGGAAGUAUAUGUGGACUCAAGUCAGCCAGUAUGCUAGAGAAAAACUCUUGCAAUUUACAAAUGGAACUGAAUAAAUCUUACGAUGUGAAAAACCCAUCUCCAUUACUUAUGCAAAACCAGAGAAGCAGAGCACAGACGGACACACCUACGGUGCCCUGUGGAAAUGAACAGUUUGUGGAUAACAGUUUUGAAAAAGUUAAGCGGAGACUUGAUUUAGACAUUGAUAGCUUGCAAAAAGAAAACUGCGCUUAUGUCCUAACAGCUGGAGCAGCUGAACAGGAGAGGCAACAUUUGCCAGAAAAAAGAAACCCUAAGGGAUGCGUCUACAUUAACAAGAACAAGAUGUUAGAGUCUAGUACCAAAGAAGCCGAGAUACUAAAAAGCAAGAUGUCAGCUUUUGAAGAAAUGCGGAAGAGACUAGAGGAACAGCAUGCCCAGCAGUUAUCACUCCUCAUAGCUGAGCAGGAGAGGGAGCAGGAAAGGCUGUGGAAGGAAAUAGAAGAGCAGGAGAAGAUGUUAAAAGAGAAGAAGGCUGUUACAGCAGAAGUCUCCAGGCUGAACACCAACAGCGCGGUGGAGUUGGAGUGGAGGAGGAGAACUGAUUCCGGUUUGCUGGACACAGUGCUGUCUCAAGUGGACUCUUUCCAGACUUCAAACAACUCUGGUUUCACAAAUUCUGCCAUACAAUAUAGCUUUGGUUCUGCAAGUGAAGCACCAUUCUACCUCUGGGGAUCACCAACAAGUGGCAUGACCAAACUCUCAGUAACAAGGCCUUUUGGAAAGGCCCAAAGUAGGUGGUCUCAGGUUUUUAGUCUAGAAAUACAAGCAAAAUUUAACAAAAUAACUGCUGUGGCAAAAGGAUUUCUUACCCGAAGACUUAUGCAGACGGAUAAGCUAAAGCAGCUUCGGCAAACUGUAAAAGACACCAUGGAAUUCAUAAGAAGCUUUCAAUCAGAAGCACCUCUAAAGAGAGGCGUUGUAUCAGCACAAGAUGCUUCCCUUCAGGAAAGAGUGCUAGCACAGUUGCGAGCUGCCCUAUACGGUAUUCAUGACAUAUUCUUUGUGAUGGAUGCAGCUGAAAGAAUGUCCAUCCUGCAUCAUGACCGAGAAGCCCGCAAAGAGAAACUGCUCAGGCAAAUGGACAGAAUGAAAAGCCCGAGGGUGGCGCUCUCAGCUGCAACACAGAAGUCGCUGGACAGGAAGAAGUUCAUGAAAGCUGCUGAAAUGGGAGUGCCAAAUAAGAAAUUUCUGGCUAAGCAAAAUCCUUCAGAAACAAGAGUUCUUCAGCCAAACCAAGGACAGAACGCGCCUGUUCAUAGGCUACUUAGACAAGGAACCCCUAAGACAUCAGUGAAGGGGGUUGUGCAAAAUAGACAGAAGCCUUCACAGAGCAGAGUGCCUAACAGAGCGCCUGUGUCAGGAGCAUAUGCAGGAAAAAUCCAAAGAAAGCGGCCAAAUGUUGCGACAAUUUAAGAAGACAACAUUCAUUAGGAUGAAGUGGGGUGGGGUAUGUGUGCUGUUACCCAUAUGAUGUUCCCUGUCCAGGACUUAUCACUUAACCCUGGACUCUGUCUACACAGGCAAAGUGAUGUCAAGGCUGAGCAGUUAAUCUGUAUAAUUUAGUAGUCUGGCUAAUUCCUGCCCCAUUUUCCCAUUAUGGGGAAUGAUACUUAGCAUUAAGUAAUUGCCUGGUCUCCGCUUAGCUCAUAUAAACAUAUUGUGUGUGUCCAGAGGUCUACAGACACUUUUUAUUUUAUUUAUUUUUUUUGAGCUGAGGACUGAACCCAGGACCUUGGACUUGGUAGGCAAGUGCUCUACCACUGAGCUAAGUCCCCAGCCCCCAGACACCCUUUUUAUAAACAUAAAAGGACAUUUGGACUUACUUUUGCAAAAUAUUGAAAAUAUGUCACCAAUUGUAAAUUAGCACUAAAACCUAAAUUUCAUUCAUGACUACAUAUUGAUUGCUGAAUCUGAUAGACAAAUUACUGUUUUAGUCAAAGGGAAAGUAUUGCAGAGUUUGUUUUUCUCCGUUUCUACAAUUUGAAACACUCAAGAUUCCAUAUUCUUUGACUUGCAGUACAGCCUCAUAGGAUAAAACAGUUGCCAUACUAAAUCCCACACAGCAGUCACAUGCAGGCAGAAGCACACAUUCCUGUGGACAACUAGUUGUCUUACAGAAAUGUUAGGUUGUGUGUAUGUUACUGCUAGAAAUAGGUAGAUGGGAUUCUAAGAGCUUUCUUGGAAGGUGGCAAGUUUGGAGAAGGAGCACAGUCUUUGUAAAUGUAGCAUCUGUGAAGGAUGGUAACAUCCAGUUCUGGAAAUGGGCAGCACGGAGCAUGCAGCUGAUUUCUGCUUAGUCUGUAUAUUUUAGUUCUCCAUAAUCUUUUUCUAGCAUGCUAAACAGGAGAAAAUAAAGGGCUAUUUAAUAAGAACUCCAGAUUUCAUAUAGCGUGGUAAUGUUGCCUAGUUAAAAAUCUGCAGUACUUAAAGGCACCGAGGUAUAUGGCUUUUCAUUACUAACAUAUUCAUUAAAUGCACCAACCAACAAAUGUUACCAAGACAACAUGAUUUUAUGAAAAAGAAUGUUAUUUGUCAUGUAAUUCCAAAAGGGCUUUGUGCUUCUUACAUAAAUUGGGACUGUCUAUUUAAUGUUUUUAACUUGAACUUUGAAGAGACUAGUUUUUGAGAAUGCAGCCUGUUAUAUUCUCAGUGUUCUUUUAAGAACUGGGAGAUAAAGAUUGCUUUCUCUGAUUUUCUAUUUUAUUUGAGAUUUAGCUUUUAUACCCUGCUGGAGUUACAAAAUAAUACCUACUCUGGCUAUAAACUUGAUUUUCUUAUUGAAACUUAACCAUUUAUUGAACCAGAAGAUAAGGAGCAAGUCAAAACAGUCCAGGUUCCCAACUUUUUACUUGUAGGAAAGGUGUACCAAAUUGUUAUCUUUCAAAUAUAAUAAACUGUGCUUUAUUGUUCUGAAAACUCAGGAUACCACUUACUCAUAGCAUUGUGAGCCCUUCAGUAAGAAGGAGGAGUUAACCGUUUUGUGUUUGUUAAUACAAAUUAGUUAAAGAAAAUUAUAA